AUGUCUCUGAAGUUUCCACAGCCGGCUGGUCCAGCGUUAGCAAGACUAGCGUAUCAACAAAUUUAUGGACAAAAUGUCCGUGAAGACAUUCCUGGUGAUAUAGUUGUUCGAGAUGAAUAUUUGGGCUGGAUAUCCCCGGUAUCACUGAGCGAGAUUGACUAUUACGGUGUCACAUUCGACCAUCCAGUGCCCGCCGAUGACCCGGAUCCGGAUGUACUACAGAUCAACAUCAUCGAAAUUGAAGAUGAUGGUGGGGACUAUGCAAACGCAAACCUACCAUUCAUAGUAGACCCAGUUGCUUACAUCGGAAAGAAGAUACUAGCCGUACCUAGAUGUUGCCAGAAGAGGAAAGGCACACAAGACCGUAUGAGGAUGAAUAGUUCAGUUAUAGAAAUAGAGCAGGGAAACAUGGCCUUUUAG